GUUAAAUAAAGAAAAGUUCUCGGUUCUUUCAUAGUACCAAGAGCUCCUUCUUAGCAGACGGAACUCUUCGAUUUUACUUUCACUUACAAUUUAUAUAAUAUACUUUAAGAAUGAAAAUAUUUGUGUUGGCUGUGAUUGCCGCUGUUGCAGUGGGAGCAAAUGCUCAAUCAUUCAAGUGUCCACCAAAAGAUGGUCAGUAUGAAGAUUCGAGACAAUGUGAUAAGUACUACGAAUGCGUCGAUGGAGAAGCCAUUGCGAAAUUAUGUCCGGACGGUCUUGUCUUUGACCCAUUGAUCAGAAAGAGGAAUAAGUGUGACCAACCCUUCAAUGUUGAGUGUGGCGAUAGAACUGAAUUACAAACUCCUCAGCCAAAAGGACCCUGCCCAAGAAGAAAUGGAUUCUUCGCCCACGAAGAUCCCUCAGUUUGCAAUAAAUUCUACAACUGUAUCGAAGGUGAUUAUACUGAAAUCACCUGCACCAAUGGACUUCAUUUCGAUGAAUAUUCCGGCACUUGCGUAUGGCCCGACUCCGCUGGUAGACAAGGAUGCAAAGCUACUGAAAAUACCCUUAAGGAUGGUUUCACAUGCCCUAAAGAAUCUCAAAGAGAUGCCAACGGUAACUUGGCUGUUCAUCCCAAAUAUGCUCACCCAACUGAUUGCCAAAGAUUCUACGUAUGCUUGAAUGGAGUAGAACCACGUGAUUUGGGUUGUCAAGUUGGCGAAGUAUACAACGAAGAAAGCCAAAGGUGUGAUGCUCCUGAAAACGUACCUGGAUGUGAGGACUGGUACAAAGAUGACCCAGCUGUUCCAUUAGGCAAACAAAGCAAAAAGCAAUAAGUUCAUCCGUUAGUGAUAUUAGUAUCUAUUUUAAAUAUAAAUAAUCAUUAAGAAAUUCAAAUUUAAAACCUAAUAAUUUAUUUUUUUAAUUGUCAAAUUGUUUGUAAUCAUAGGAACUAUUUUAAUAACGUAUCAAUCCAGUUAUUUACCAUAGGCCGUAUUAUCAAGUAUCGUUCUUAAAAAAUAUGAAAAUAAAAUCGUUGAGGAAUUCUGCCCUAAGUAUACAUAGUUUAGUAAUAAUAUAAAUGAGCAACACAAAUUCAGAUCCAUUUUUACCAUCAAUUUAUUACUUGACAUGUUGACUCUUUCCUUUAGUAAUAAACAAAUUUGUUUAAAGAACUGAUAUCAAGUAACUGUAAAUAAUAAUUUCUUGCGUAAAAAAUAAAGGAAAAUAAAUAAGA